GACAAACUUCACUCGGUUCAGUUUUGACGUGACACGGAGAGGGUCGGUCGACGAAAAUGUUCUCAAUAAAACUAUUGUUCUGUGCGUUAUUACUAUGCUUCACAGUGCGUGCCAACAGCCAGACGGUGCAUAGGCGGUUCGAGUACAAAUACUCAUUCAAACCACCUUAUUUGGCCCAGAAAGAUGGAUCGGUUCCCUUCUGGGAGUAUGGAGGCAAUGCGAUAGCGUCAGGCGAGAGCGUGCGACUUGCGCCGUCGCUCCGAAGCCAGAAAGGCGCCAUCUGGACGAAGCAGCCCACCAACUUCGACUGGUGGGAAGUCGAUGUCAUGUUCAAGGUCACCGGCAGAGGGCGCAUCGGUGCUGACGGUUUGGCGUUCUGGUACACGACAGCGCGCGGCGACUACACGGGCGAGGUGUUCGGUUCGUCGGACCGAUGGAACGGUCUGGCUGUCAUCUUCGACAGUUUUGAUAAUGACAACAAACACAACAACCCUUACAUAAUGGCGGUGCUGAACGAUGGAACCAAGGUGUUCGAUCAUAAGAGUGACGGAUCCAUGCAGAUGUUGUCCGGCUGCCUCCGCGACUUCAGGAACAAGCCGUUCCCGACGCGCGCGCGCAUCGAGUACUACCAGAACACGCUCACUGUACACUUCCACAACGGAAUGACAAACAACGAGGCGGACUAUGAGCUGUGCUUCCGCGCCGAGAACGUGGUGCUGCCGCGCGGCGGGCACUUCGGCCUCUCCGCCGCCACCGGAGGCCUAGCCGACGACCACGACGUCGUACACCUACUCACGACCUCUCUACACAGCACGCAACAGGCUGGUGGGCAGCAAAUUAGUAAUGACGAACAACAGAAGCUCUCGCAGGAGUACCAGGAGUACCAGCGCAAGCUGGACCAGCAGAAAGAGGACUACAGGAAGGAACACCCCGAUGAGGUGCGCGACAAGGAGGGAGAGUUCGAAGAUUGGUUCGAGUCGGACGGGCAGCGGGAGCUGAGACAAAUCUUCCAGGGACAAGGACAGAUACAUGACGUGCUGAGAGAACUCAACAAGAAAGUGGACGAGGUGAUCGGCAAGCAGAUGAACUCUCUGUCCAUGUUGUCGGCUGUCUACACGCACGCGCAGGGACAGCCCAUAGCCCAGCCACAGCCGGGACAGGCCCCGAUGCAAAUGGGCGGUCUGCCGGUGGCGCGGCACGACUGGGACGCGCUGGUGGCCAACAACCAGCUCAUCAUCAACACCAUAGCCGAGCUCAAAGGGUUCAUAAUCGAAGUGUCCCGUAAGGCGGACGGGGUCGCGGCCGGAACCGCCAUCAACCCGCAGUUCCUGUCAGAAAUGAGGGAGAGUCUUCAACAAGUGCAACAGACUGUCAAUGGAGUCGCACAGAGGAUAUCCUCCCCGGCGCACGCGUCGGCGCAGACGUCGUGUCCGGCGCCGAACUGCGUCGGAAUCACCGCCCUGAUAAUGGUGGUGACGUCACAACUCCUCGUUAUGUUCCUUUACAACCUCUACAAAGAAAGAAAAGAAGCUCAAGCGAAGAAAUUCUUCUAAGGUAGUCCCCCCCCUCC